ACAUUUGGCAUUAAAUUAUUACCUGCUGCACCUCAACUUCUCUGAAGUACAAGGACUUCUUUAGUACUACUUAGCUUUGGCAAAUCAACCCAACCAAAGAUGAAGACGGCGAUCCUUCUCCUCUCUGUUGCGAUGGUGCUAUUUGACUCUGGAACUCUGCCGGCCAACGCUGCAGCGCACCGGCAGCAUAGAAGUCACGAUUCCAAUUUAGAGGCAAUUAUUAGCCUGGCCGGACAAUACACACACACUCUGUCAGAGGAACUUCUGGAAACAUUACUCGUAGAUGUAACACAUUUGACUGCGACCACCACAAAGUGCAAGGAGUUCUUCUGCGAAGCUGAGACAAUCUUGGCCUCCGUGAAAAAUGAUGUGUUUGGUGAGGAGGGAAAGAUUGUCCGACAUCUGAGGGUUUACAACAAACUUCAGAAGUGCACCGUUGUGAAGAGCCAAGACAACCAGGUGGAGCUGAGGAGACUUCUCCUCGACCUAAAAGAAUGUGGCCAAAAAAUCAACUCCAAACCAUGAGAUCUACACCAUCUCAACACAAUGCUAAUCUGCUUAUUUAUUGUUUGUUGACCGUUUUAUUUAAGUUUAAAGUGGCGUUAAAUGACUUUACCAAGGGAAGUAUUUUAAUUAUAUAAUGUUUUUUUAUUUUACCUGAGUAGCAUAUUGAUAAUCUAAUGCACACCUGUUAAUAAUAUGCAUCAUUUUAUAUUACAAUAUUUGUACUGAAAUAAAGGUUUUUCAUGACUAAA